AUACCUUUCCCUCCUUCUGAGUCCUUACCUUACCCAAUUUUUUCUUUUUCCCUUAUUUGUUUUCUCUCGAAAUUUGCCCAUAACGUUCUCUUUGUACCUCAUCUUAUCCUGCACACACCCCCCCUCCCUCCCUUCCUAUAAGAUUUAUUUGCGUAGCAUUCACCAUCACAAUCAAUCUUCUUUAUCCACUCUCUCUUAAUUAAAUUAAAACAAAAAAUGUGCGCUGCCAUAUCCGAAGUGGAACAAGAAGAGUUGCUCGAAAAAUUGGAGGUGUUCAAGAUCAAAGGCAGGGACAAGCAUGGCCGCAAGAUCCUUCGCAUUAUCGCCAAAUUCUUCCCAGCACGGUUGGUGAGUGUUGAGGUUCUGAAAAAGUACCUGGAGGAGAGGGUUUUCCCGAAGCUGAUGGGGAAGAGGAAAUUCGCGGUGCUGUACGUGCACACCGGCGUCCAGAGGAGCGAGAAUUUUCCCGGAAUCUCCGGUCUCCGGUGGAUCUACGACGCGAUUCCGGCGAACGUGAAGGAGAAUCUCGAAGCCGUUUAUUUUAUUCACCCGGGCUUGCAGGCCCGCCUUUUCCUCGCUACAUUCGGCCGCUUCCUCUUUAACGCUGGGCUGUAUGGAAAGCUGAGGUACGUAAGCAGGGUUGAUUAUCUGUGGGAGAGUGUGAGGAGGAACGAGGUGGAAAUUCCGGAGUUUGUGUUUGAUCACGACGAGGAUUUGGAUUACCGUCCGAUGAUGGAUUACGGAUUGGAGAGCGAUCACGCUAGAGUGUACGGUGGUGCUCCAACCAUGGAUUCACCCGUCACCACCUACUCCAUGAGGUGCAUCUCAUAGGAUUCCAGGAGAUUCAUUAAUCCUCUGCGCUUCUUGUUUUUGUGCGUUAGGUAGACUGGGGUCCCUGUUAGUUAAAUGGGCCCAUAGCUAUGUGGUUGUUGAUAUUGUGCAGAAAGAAAAGGUUAAAAAAAAAAAGAAGAAGAAAAAAUAGUCGUUUUUUUUAGGUCUUGCUAAUGUGUUAAUACUUAUCCAAUAGCGUUUUCAGUUUUGGUUGGAUGAUUCAGUUCAGUGAUGAUAUUUUAAAAAGAAUUCCACCGGCUGAUUCUUCUGAUA